AUGGCGGAGGGUUGGCUCGCGCCUGACGGGGGCGGAUACGAGCACCCACGUCGCGAUGGCGCCCGCCCCGAGCCCGAUCGGUGGAAGGUAAGCGAGAGUGCGGUUUCGGGCCGGGUCCUGUCGGUUCCUGAAGAACCCCCAUUGGAACUCGCCCUGACACGGUGUGGGGAGCUGUACCCUGGCCCUGAGAUGAUUGCAGCCGCAGGGAAUUUGGCCGGGGUCGUCAUUGGGUCAACUGGCCCGGCUGGCCGUGUUGUCUGUUGUGAUGAGCGCCCGGAGUGCAGCAGAGGCACAGGCACCGGACGGACAUUUCUGCAAGGCGGUUAUGUCCUGCAGCACUAUGGCAGUGAGCAGCUUGCCGGCCAGGUGUGA